AUGAAGUUCUUUCUACUCGUUGCCGCAGUCGCUGUGCCCGCGUUGGCUAUGCCAGAAGCUGAGGGUGUGUCCUUAAACCCUAGAGAUAAGGUCAAGUUGAACCAGUACCGCACUCUGGAUGACUGCGAGCACGAUAGAAACAUCCUCUUCCAUGCCGCUCCUGUCUCUGGAAAGUGCUACGAACUAGAUGGCCAGACCGGAGCCUUCUUCUACAACACUGGGGGCUACUUGCGGUCUCACUCCUUUGAUGACCACGGAUGUGGAGGUACUUCGCACAAGCUUCAGCGGUAUACUGGCCGUUGUGUUGAGAGGGGCAGUCAGAACUCUGUGAAAAUGUGGUAG